AUGGCAGCCACCGCGGUGACCGACUCCGGGGGCGUGAGGAUCAUCACGGAGGUCAUCCCGGCCACAGACCCCCGAGCGGCCCAGCUGGCCUCCAGCUCCAGGUCGCCUGUGCCUGCUGUGUCCUCAUUUCAAGUCAGAGGCUUCAGAAGGGCUCAGCCCAAGGCGCUGGGGACCAUCCACAUCUUCACUGGGAUCGUCCACGUCUGCUUCGGGAUCAUCCUGACGGUGUCAGAGUACGGGACCCCUUCCCUCCCUGUGGCCAGCGGGGUCCUCUUCUGGCUUGGGUUCAUGCUCCUGGUCUCAGGCUCUCUGCUGGUGGAAAGUGAAAAAAGAGAUAACAUCUUGCUGGUGAAGACCUGCUGCAUUGUCAACAUGGUGGUCAUCCUGAGCACGCUGGUGGCCACUCUUAUCCAUACCACAGCCAUCACUCGCGACAUCCCCGGCUGCGAGACCAACACACUGUACCAGCUGAAAGCCGAGUGGUGCUUCGACGCUAAGACCAAGAUGCUGAGCAACGGGCUGGAUUCCGUGUUCGUCAUCUUCUGCUUCCUGGAGUUCUGCACAGCAGUGGCGGCCCUGGCCUUCGGCUACAACGCCAUCAAGCAGCACAACUACACGCGCAUG